UCGGAGCCAGGCUGAGCCAAUAAAACCAGCUUUGUUACCUGUGAGGUAAAGCAGGAGUGUUGGUGCAGCAUUGUAGAGGAGUGAGCAGUAGCAUCUGGAGCAGUGGUUUGGGUGUGAAGACAUUGCAGUUGGCCAUGAGUCUUGCUUUGAUGCUUAGGCUACCUUGGCUUUGCCUUUUCUUCUUGACUGAUGUGGGCCUAUGCAGUCUUCUACUUCAAGGAUCAGAAGAGCCCCUGCGUUUUGGGUUCUCCGACUCCAGACGAAGUCCUCCUAGCAGUGCCCCUGUGUCUUCAGUGAGCCACAGCUUCACUAAUGGUGAAGAUGUAACAAGUCCCAGGAAACCUGUACCACUAAACCUGAAUUCUCACCAGGAGAAACUCGUUCCUAUGUGGGUCAUGCCUUCAGCUUCAGUGACCCAGAAGCCCAAGGUGCCUCAGGCUCCAGCCCAAGAGGUUCCUGCAUGGGUUCAGACUCCCCCAGCAUGGGCCCAGACAGCCCCGGCAUGGUUCAAGAUUCCUCCUGCUCCAGUGAACCAGGAGCCCAAAACCCCUGAGGCUCCAGCCCAAGAGCCCCAAACAUCGGCCCAGACGCGGCCAGCGUGGAUCAUGCCUUCAGCUCCAGUGACCCAGAAGCCCAAGGUUCCUCAGGCUCCAGCCCAAGAGCUCCCAGCUUGGGUUCAGAUGCCCCCGGCAUGGAUGCUUCCAGCUCCAGUGAACCAAGAACCCAAAACUCCUGAGGCUCCAGCCCAAGAGCUUCCAGCAUUGGCCCAGACGUGGCCAGCGUGGUUCAUGCCUUCAGCUCCAGUGACCAAGAAACCCAAGGUGCCUCAGGCUCCAGCCCAAGAGGUUCCUGCAUGGGUUCAGACUCCCCCAGUAUGGGUCAAGAUGCCUCCAGCUCCAGUGACUCAGGCUCCAGCCCAAGAGCCUCCAGCAAGGGUUCAGACACGCCCAACAUGGAUGCUUCCAGCUCCAGUGAACCAGGAACCUGAGGCUCCAGCCCAAGAACCCCCAGCAUGGAAUAACAUGCCCCAGUCCCCAGCGAGCCAGGCACCAGCCCAAACGCCACCGCCUCCGAUGACUCCAUUAGAACCUGUUGGGGGUGAUUUUGGCAGUUCCUUCAUGGAGGGUGUCAGUGGAGAGGCUGCCUCUAAUGGUGGCGGUACUGAGGGUCCCUCAUCAGAGAGAGAGCGCUACCUUGUUAUCACAGAGCCCUUGGGUUUUCAAACCCGCUACGUGGUCAAGUCCUUCAAUCGUUAUGUGCGAGGACAAAAGAUCUAUUCCCAAACCACCUACAUCCCUCUAGACUAUCCUCCUGCCUCUGAGCCUGCUCCCGUCCCCACUCUUCCUCUGCCUGAAGCCCAGCUGGACCAAACUGUGAAGGCCAGCUGAGCUUGGGCUUUGUACUCCAAUCUGCAACGAUAUCUGGGCCCUUGUUGCAUUGUGGCUUAAAAAAAAUAAACUUCUUAAAUGUAUGAAA